CCAUCAUCAUUGAAGUAGACCUCUUAGCCACUUCAAAGAGAACAGAGAAGAACAUGGGAGGAGGAGCCUUGUUGCCACCGCUAGCCCGAGCAGUCGGAGGCCACAGCCACCCUGCUGACAUCAUCACGCCACCGCUGCCGUCACGCACCGUCGCCAACUUCCAGUCCCGUCAGCCCAUACCCUCCAUAUCUACUGCAUCCCCUGAUGCUGGGCCGUCUCGUCCCUUGGACUCCAUCUUUGGGCCUCUGCCAUCAAGAACAGAGCUCGAAAAAGCCAUGUCCGAUCUCCGGUGUUUUAUGCAAGAGAUUUCUGCAGCUAGACGAGAGUUGAGCUGGCUUUGCUCUGAUCAUUCAAGAACAGUGCAGUCUUCUGGAUUUGGAAGACUUUGUGAUGCCUUUCAUAUGCUGCAAACAGAACCAUCUGUUCAGAAAAUGGUUCUCUCCAUAGCUUGUGAUAAAGCCGUUUGGGAUGCCAUUCUGAACAACCCAGCAGUUCAAGAUUUGCAAGGCUUGUUGUCUGCAGCUAAAGAUGAAGAGGAAUCUCUGAGCUCUUCACCUGAAAAGCUCGACAUUGUUGCUGUCAUGAUGAAAUGGAUAAUGGACAUAUUAGAGCUGAUUCAGAAACUCGGGGCCCUAGCAGGCCUGAUUUUUCAACCGGAUGAGGAUAAAGCCAUGCAGACUUCUGAACUCUCGGGUGUUUUGGAGGAAAAGAUACGAUCUUCGUUCCUUCUUUCCAUUGUUCUGCUAUUGAUAGUUGUUGCCACUAGAAUCCAUGAACAUUGAUCAACAUUCAUAGACAAAGUAGCAACAUAGCAACAUAGCAGACAUCUCUCCUUUGUUAUAUCCAUAUGAACCGUGUUUCUUGUACUAAUGAAGUGUGAGUGUUCCUAUGAUUAUAAACACACUUGUCUUCACAACACAUAGGAUUCGCCAUAUGAUAUAAUCAAUCAUGGGAGUUGAAUAUUGCGUUCUUGCUCUUACCUGGA